CUGUCGCCGGCGCACCGCCCGGGCCCUGCCCUGCCCACCCCUCCCCUCCCGGGUCCCAGGCCCGCGGGCGUGCGGUGGGCGGGCCGGAGGCGCAGGGGGCGUGCGGCGGCGGCAGGAAGGGGCGGGGGGCUCCCGAGCGCCCGGCAGGAAGAGACAAACCCACCGACCGCAGCAGGCCCCGCGCAUCCGCACCUUUGGACUCAGCCAUGUGGGGUCUCCUGCUCGCCUUGGCCACCUUCGCGCCUGCCGUCGAUCUGGGUCUGGGGACGCCCGGCGCCUCCGGGCUGGGCCUCGCGCCGCCCGCUACCACCAAGGCCCCGGUCUCGACCCUGGCCCCGAGUAGCAACCCGGCACAGCAGCCCUCGGGGAAGAAUAACGAACAGCACGUCCGGAUUCGCUUUGUCAAGAAGAAAAAGGUCAUUAUAAAGAAAAGAAAGAAGCUAACUAGACCCAGACUGCUGGUGACUACCGGGCCUCCAGUGAUCACCACCCCUGCGGGAGCCCUUGACCUCCCAGAGGAGAAGGAACCAGGCUGCCCCCCUUUGGGCCUGGAGUCCCUGCGAGUUUCAGAUAGCCAGCUCGAGGCAUCCAGCAGCCAGUCCUUUGGUCUUGGACCACACCGGGGACGGCUCAACAUCCAGUCAGGCCUGGAGGAUGGUGAUCUCUAUGAUGGGGCCUGGUGUGCUGAGCCUCAGGAUGCUGAGCCGUGGCUUCAGGUGGAUGCCAGGCACCCCACCCGCUUCUCAGGCAUUAUCACACAGGGCAGGAACUCUGUCUGGAGGUACGACUGGGUCACAUCAUACAAGGUCCAGUUCAGCAAUGACAGCCGGACGUGGUGGGGGAGCAGGAACCGUACCAGUGGGAUGGAUGCGGUAUUUCCUGCCAAUUCAGACCCAGAGACACCGGUGCUGAACCUCCUGCCUGAGCCCCAGGUGGCCCGCUUCAUUCGCCUGCUGCCCCAGACCUGGCUCCAGGGAGGCGAUUCCUGCCUCCGGGCAGAGAUCCUGGCCUGCCCUGUCUCAGAUCCCAACGACCUAUUCCCUAAGGCCCCUGCACUGGGAUCCUCUGAUCCUUUGGACUUCCGGCAUCACAAUUACAAGGCCAUGAGGAAGCUGAUGAAGCAGGUGAACGAGCAGUGCCCCAACGUCACCCGCAUCUACAGCAUUGGGAAGAGCCACCAGGGCCUGAAGCUGUACGUGAUGGAAAUGUCGGACCACCCUGGCCAACAUGAGCUGGGAGAGCCCGAGGUGCGCUAUGUGGCCGGCAUGCAUGGGAAUGAGGCCCUGGGGCGGGAGUUGCUCCUGCUUCUGAUGCAGUACCUGUGCCGUGAGUUCCUGCGAGGGGACCCGCGGGUGACCCGGCUGCUCACCGAGACACGUAUUCACCUGCUGCCCUCCAUGAACCCUGAUGGUUAUGAGACUGCCUUUCGCCGGGGCUCGGAGCUGGUAGGCUGGGCAGAGGGCCGCUGGAACCAGCAGGGCAUUGACCUUAACCAUAAUUUUGCUGACCUCAACACACCGCUGUGGGAAGCAGAGGAUGACGGGCUAGUGCCUGACACCGUCCCCAACCAUCACCUGCCACUGCCCACUUACUACACCCUGCCCAACGCCACCGUGGCUCCCGAAACGCGGGCAGUGAUCGAGUGGAUGGAGCGGAUCCCCUUUGUGCUGAGCGCCAACCUCCACGGGGGUGAGCUCGUGGUGUCCUACCCGUUUGACAUGACUCGGACCCCGUGGGCUGCCCGUGAACUCACGCCCACCCCGGAUGAUGCCGUAUUCCGCUGGCUCAGCACCGUCUAUGCUGGCACUAACCGGGCCAUGCAGGACCCAGACCGCCGACCCUGCCACAGCCAAGAUUUCUCCUUGCACGGCAACAUCAUCAACGGCGCUGACUGGCACACAGUCCCCGGGAGUAUGAAUGACUUCAGCUACCUGCACACCAACUGCUUUGAGGUCACCGUGGAGCUGUCCUGUGACAAGUUUCCUCACGAGAACGAGCUGCCCCAGGAGUGGGAGAACAACAAAGAUGCCCUCCUCACCUACCUGGAGCAGGUGCGAGUGGGCAUUGCAGGAGUUGUGCGGGACAAGGACACAGAACUCGGGAUUGCCGAUGCUGUCAUUUCUGUGGACGGGAUUAACCACGAUGUAACAACAGCAUGGGGCGGGGAUUACUGGCGCCUGCUGACCCCAGGGGACUAUAUGGUGACCGCCAGUGCUGAGGGCUAUCACUCAGUGACGAGGAGCUGCCGGGUCACCUUUGAAGAGGGCCCAGUGCCCUGCAAUUUCCACCUCACCAAGACUCCCAAACAAAGACUUCGAGAACUGCUCGCCUCCGGGGCCAAAGUGCCCCCAGACCUUCGGAGGCGUCUGGAGCGCCUGAGGGGGCAGAAGAAUUAACACCUCCAGGUGAACAGCCCCAGAGCCUUGGGCAGGCUGGACCUGUCCAGAACUGAAAGCGGGAGGGACAGUGGGGGGAGUGGUGCUGAGGCUCAUUAAAGCUACUUGGUACCUCA